AUGAAGCGCGAAGUUUUACUGAUGGUUUUAAUUUCGUACGCCGUGGCGCAGCUUAUUCUCAGACCAAUUAAAGUAAUUACCGUGGAAAGCCUGGCAGACCUGCGCGCUAGACUAAAAGGCGCUGGCGACAAGCUGGUGGUGAUCGGGUUCCUGCCAAGAGCGUGUCCGCACAGCGUGAGGAUCACUCCACAGUACGAGAAACUGGCGCUGAAGUAUGCUCACUUUAUCGUGUUUUUGAGGGUGUAUGAAGACCACGAUGACAUCUACAGCGAGUAUAACAUAAAGGCUGUCCCAACGUUCAUCUUCAUUAGGAAGUCUGAGCAACUGACCAAGCGCACACUAAGCAACAUCGAUGAUAUUGUGGUAGCUAACUGA